AUGGAUAUUGAAAAUUCAACUAAGAGAAAACAACAAAAAGUCAGGCUAUAUCAACUGCUUAAGUCCACUAAAGGAUUAACUCGUUUCAAAUCUGAUGAAUUUAGUAGACAAAUGUGUGAAAGAAGCCUUUAUCGACUGAAACCACUUCCUGGAAGGGAAUUUAAUUUUAAGCUUUGCAAAAUUAUCAUCCGUCAGGUAUUUGAACAAUUUAUGUCAAACUAUAAAGGCGAUAAAAAUAAUCACGUGAGAAGUAGACAAGAAUCACAGUCGAACGAGUUUUUAUGUAAUUUCACUAAUCGACUACGUCAAAUGACUGUAAUGCAUCUGAAAGCGUUUGAUAUUAAAAAUGGAGGCCGAUAUAAACUAAUUGUUUAUGUAAUACAAACAAAUUAUCCAGAAGGAAAAUUAUCAUUAUCUAGCACAAUGAUAGCAAGUUGUGGAUUAUUUAAUAUAGAAACAGACUAUUAUUUAUCUGAAACCAUGAGAACUAUUUUUGGUCAUUUAAUUGUAAUUGUUUACGCCUGUUAUCACGAAUAAUACAUUUAUUGACUUCGUAUUAAUCAAUAAAUUUGUUCAUAUUUUCAAUUAAAAACUAAGGGCAAAUCGAAAUAACAAAGCUAACAGAUUUAAUUUAAGUACAAAUCAAGAUUGAUCGGUGGGACUGUAAUUUAUAGAUGUCCCUUGAGCGAGGCCAGUGACCUUGAGAAUACCCGCCUACUAACUAUGACCAAAUGAAGGUUAUAAACAUGGGUGAGGAAUUAGAAUUAGGAAUCACAGUUGAUGGUUUUCAUCACGAACUGACAUCAGUUAUAAUGCCGAAAUUAUAUUUAACCAAGUGGAUGAAUAAAUCUCGCGCCAAAAUCCAAAACUUGUUAUCUUCUAUCUGAUUGGUUCAUUCAUAAAUUAUAGUCUCGCCGAUUGAUCGUUUAAAAAAAG